AUGACGCGAGACUCAUCGUCAAGCCCCAACGGGCCAGUCGCAGGGCCAUCAUCACAGCCCGCUGGCAUGCCAACCCCCGAACAGCUCGCCUCGGAACCCGCCGCAACCGACGCGCAGAUCCCACACCCACCCCCCUUCUACUCUUCUGCAUCGCAAGCAGCCACCGCCUCCAUCGCCUCGAUUCGUUCAUCCUUGCACAAGUUCCCGACGCCGAUCCUCAAGAUCCAGCGAGUCAACCAGCUAGAUGCCGAACUGCUCGAUCGCGAGCUCGCGGAGUUGCUCCUCGAUCCGGUCAAAAAGGCGCUUUCCUCCAUCCGAUCCACGCUUCCAUCCGAUCUCGAGCCGGAACUUCUUCUCCUCCUAAAACUGGCUUUGUUCAAAUUCAGCAUCGUCGACCGCGGCGCAUCGUACGGGUCGAUGCUGCAGAACCUCAAGUAUCGUAACGAAUGGGCCCAUCGUGGAGCCCUUCAGUCCACUGCUCGGGACCAACCUCUUUCCCGCUUGCAGCUUGCCCUCUACCCGCUGCUCACCAUCAUCGCUCCCUAUGCAGGAAGCAAGUGGCAGGACCACAUGACAUCGCUCAGCUACUCCGACAUGCCCUCUCGCGAUCCGCGGCGGCUCCUCUGGCGGCUCACCGACGCCUCCCAACGCGUAUGGUCCGCACUGGUCCUCGCCAACUUCGCCGUCUUCCUCGCGGAUGGCAAAUUCCGUAGUGUCGCAGACCGACUUUUGGGCAUGAGGUUGACCUACGCACAACGGACGAUGAACCGCAAUGUCUCGUUCGAGUUUCUCAAUCGUCAACUCGUAUGGCAUGCGUUUACGGAGUUCUUGCUCUUCCUCCUACCCCUGGUGCGACCGAAGAGGCUGUUCAGGCGGUUGAUGAAGUUGCCUACGCAUCCGAAGCUGUUGGGUGUCGUAUGGCGGAUGUUGCCGUUGGCGAUCAGUAGGAGAUUGGGGAUGAAGCAGGAUGCGGGGGGUCGAACGAGGUUUAAUCGGGAAGAUGUGUCGAUGCCCAUUGUCAAGCAGGUUGUUGGUGCAGCGCCGGGGAAGGCGGGCGACAAAGCCGAAGAGACACAAUCCCAACUUGGACCGUAUCAUCACCUGCCAGAGGAAGUCUGCGCCAUCUGCUUCCAACGUAUCGAGACGUUAACCGGCUCACGACGCGAUCCGACCAAGAUCGGCACGGGUGGGCUCAGCAUGGGCAUUCCGACGUCGGACCCGUUGGAUCCGAGUUCGGGUCUCCUCGCGCCCAACCGACCCAAUUCGGCUUCGCAACCGCUGAACGCUCAUACGGGUGUGAACGCUUCGGAUCCAGCAAGGAACGCCGUGCUCGGCGUAUCCCCCGACGGAAUCGCGUAUGCAGACGCCAUCGUGACGACACCGUACGAGACGGUUCCGUGCCACCACAAGUACUGUUAUGUGUGCAUCGCAAAGCAGCUGCUGGAUGAGGAGAUGGAGGAUGAGCUGGAUGAGGAGGACGAACGGGGUGGGAGAGGGUGGAAGUGCUUGCGGUGCAACACAAGAGUGAGGGAGACCAGGAGGGCUGGGCUCGAUGUGACGGUUCCAGAUGAGGACGACGACGAAGAGGAGGAGGUCCUCGACGAGAAGGCAGGGUAG